AUGGUGGUGUUCCUAGGUGCGUGCGCCCUCCUCGUGUUUACGGCGGUGUUGGGAACGGCGGUGUGGGUCACGCAACGCGUGCCAACGUUCCACAUCGCUGGUUGCUGCGCGCUGGUGACCGGCGGUAGCGCAGGCAUCGGCUUCGAGAUCGCACGGCAGUUGGUCCUCCGCCAGGCAAAAGUCGUCGUUAUCGCUGCGCGCCGCGCGGACGCGCUGCAGGCAGCAGCGGCAACGCUCCGCAACGAGGCGGGGCCGCACGGCACACGGGUGCACGGUAUUGUGAUGGACGUCAGCGACGAGGCGUCGGUGUCGCGCGCCAUGGUGGAAAUCGACGCCUUGACGGCCGCUUCGGGGCUUAACCUCGUUGUGUGCAACGCUGGCUUCGCGGUGCCCGCCCGCUUCGUCGACACGACGUCUGCCGACUGUCGCCGCAUGAUGGACGUCAACUUCUUCGGCUGCGUGAAUGUUGUGCGGGAGGUGCUGCCGGGCAUGCUGCAGCGCCGCUCUGGCCGCAUCGUGCUGUUGAGCAGCAUGGCUGCGCGCUGCCCGAUCGCAGGCUACUCCAUCUACGCGGCCAGCAAGGCAGCCAUACGCGCCUUCGCCCACAGCCUCGACAUGGAGAACAGCUGCCUCGGCGUGCGCUGCCAGGUCGUGAGCCCGCCCGACGUGGAGACGCCAGGUCUGCGGGAGGAGAAUCUGCACAAGAGCCCUGAGUGCCGUGAAAUAUCGUCCUNUCGUGAGCCCGCCCGACGUGGAGACGCCAGGUCUGCGGGAGGAGAAUCUGCACAAGAGCCCUGA